AUGCUCUCGCUAAAGAAGCGGCAGCGGUGGCGGCGGCCUUGGGGGCUCAGGGUCCCGGGGGUCGCCGCCUUGCUGGCGUGCGCGGCAGCCUGCGCCCUGGCGGAGCGGGCGCCCGCGUGCCGGGCGGCGGUGCUGAGCCCGUAUUUCGGUACUAAGAGCCGCUACGAGGACGUGGCGAAGUCGGCGCCGGGGCCCGCGCCGGAGCUGGGGUCGUGCGCGCCGCUGCAGCUCGUGGCCGUGGUGCGCCACGGCACCCGCUACCCUACGGCUAAGCAGGUGGGCCGCCUUCGCGCGCUGCACGGGCUGCUCUUGCGAGCUGGACCGCCGGGGCCAGGGCUGGCGAGCGCGCUGGCGCGCUGGCCGUUGGCCUACGAAGACUGGAUGGACGGGCAACUGGUGGACAAGGGCAGCCAAGACAUGCGGCAACUGGCCACCCGCCUGGCCACGCGCUUCCCGACGCUUCUCGGCCGUGCAGGCCAGGCCAGCGUGCGCCUCAUUACCAGCUCCAAGCCACGCUGCGUGGACAGUGCCGCCGCGUUCGCGCGGGGCCUCUGGGAGCAGCUGCACCCGGAGCGCCCGGCGCCAGAUCCCGCAGAUAUGGAGUGGGGACCACCUAGGGUAAAUGAUAAACUAAUGAGGUUCUUUGAUCAUUGUGAAAAGUUUCUAGUGGAGGUGGAAAAGAAUGAUUCAGCUCUUUAUCAUGUAGAAGCCUUCAAAAAUGGACCAGAAAUGCAGAAAAUUAUAAAGAAAGUUGCAGCUAUUUUGCAGGUGCCAGCAAGUGAUUUAAAUGCAGAUUUAAUCCAAGUUGCUUUUUUUUCCUGCUCAUUUGACUUGGCUAUUAGAGACAUUCAGUCUCCCUGGUGUGAUGUCUUUGACACAGAAGAUGCUAAGGUACUGGAAUACCUCAAUGACCUGAAGCAGUAUUGGAAAAGAGGGCAUGGCUAUGCAAUCAACAGCCGGUCCAGCUGUACCCUGUUUAAUGACAUAUUUCGGCAUUUGGAUGAAGCUGUGGAACAGAGACAAAAGUCUCAGCCCGUCUCUUCUCCGGCCAUCUUCCACUUUGGCCACGCCGAGACGCUGCUGCCGCUGCUUUCUCUCAUGGGCUAUUUUAAGGACAAGGAGCCCCUGACCGCUUACAACUACAAGGAGCAAACGCACCGCCAGUUCCGGAGCGGCCACAUCGUGCCCUACGCGUCCAACCUCAUCUUCGUGCUGUACCAUUGCGAGCGGGCCGAGACGCCCGCCAGGCAGUACCAGGUGCAGCUGCUGCUGAACGAGAGGCCGCUGCCUUUCGUCCACUCGCCGGAGACCGUGACGGCCUAUCAGGACCUGAAGGACCACUACAGGGACAUCCUGCAGAGCUGCCGCGCGGACCAAGAGUGCGCCAUGCCCAGCAUCAACAUCACUUCGGACGAGCUGUGAGCGAUCGUCGGAGUCAAGGCGAGGCUCCGUGGGGGCAUGGCGGCUCCCUGGCUUUAGCCCAUGACGAGAGCCCAAGUAUCUGAGUUCACAGAAGCAUGUAGGAUUUUGCUAUGGACCUGGGGUUGGGGGUGGAAAACAAUUUUGUACUGCGAUAGCUCAAGGAAAGCAUUCUGACAAAAUCAGAAUUUGUGGCCUGGGUCACGCCUGAUGCUGAAAAUGUUUACAAAAAUGACUUCAAAUUUUCAUCGUAAUCUAGACUGGUUUGCAAAUUUGAUUUCAAAAUGAUACUUGAAAAUAUCAAAGUGAUAACAGAUUCUCUCUAGAAUCAGAUGCAAAUAACUCAGAUUUUGCAGAUAUCUUCUCGUUCCUUAAGCAGAGAGAAUCAUCCUGGAUAAUGCUUUAAUCAGAAAAAAAUUUGAACAACUGGAAUGAUAACUUUCUAUGGAAGAUAGCUAACUUUUCUCUAAUCGAGAGCCAUUAAAUGU